AUGGUAGGCGAUCGCUCGCCGCAGCCUCCUAAGGAGACAUGGGAGGCACUCAAAGCCGACAUCCGCAGGUGGUAUCUCCGGGAGAAUCGAACUUGCGAAUACAUCCAAAAGCAACUCCGUCUUCGCAGUGUCUUUGUGAGCGAGAGGCAGAUCAAGAACAGGUUGAGCGAGUGGAAAUAUGAACGCAAGAAAACCCCCCACCAGCAUUAUCUCGCCAUGCUGGUGGUGGCAGAUUCGUGGAAGGCUCAUGGCAGUGAGGCUGUUUUCGAGGUGCCAAAGAGGGACGAACGAGUUACUUUCAAUGCUCAAAAAAUCAAGAAAGAAUGCGAAAGAGUCAGAAAAAGAUACCUAUUACACCGAGAAUCUUUCAAACUCCCGUCCCUUUGCGAAGCAGAAUACACCUUGAGGGUUGCUGGCAUCUCCUGGAAAGAAAAGGAUCUGCUGAUUCAUCACAAUCGAGCCCGGGAAAUUCAGCUGUAUGGCGCUCCUCUUCAAUGGCAUGCAAAUCUGCAUGGUCUACCAUUCAGGAACUGCGGUGUGCGAAAUAGAGACACACUCACCACUGGCGAGAGUGCUCUCACAUUAUUUCUAAACCGGCAAUCUGAGGACUCUCCACCAUCACAAUUUGAGCCUGUCCAAGCCUGUAACGUUACUUCAGACGAUUCGAUGCCUCUAAUUCCUUCGCCUCCGGAGAUUUACACACCGCCCACUACUAGCAGUCCCGAAAGACUCUCCCCUCCGACUGUUACGCUGGCAACAACUGACUGUCAAGUAUUACCGCCUGAGCCGAUUCCUUGUAACGAACUGCCCUGGCCGGUCGGCGCUGGAAACGUGGUCGGUGGCGGUAACGCAUCUUUUCAGCUGAGUCCAGUUCAUACGCUGCUGAGCUUACCCCCCGAGCCAUUCCAAAUCGAAGACGAGGCUUAUCCCAGCCCAUAUUCGAACUGCUCCGUGUCUUCGGCGACAACGCUGCUCGUGCUUGCAACGCCCUCUGAGACAAUCUUUAACCCCAACUCAUGCCGUUCAUGCCAACCGCCACACUCUCACCAAAGUUACGACUUUAGCGAAUCAAUCGGAACGCUGUGUAAGGGCAUCAAGUAUGAGCCACCUGAAUAUGCUUCCUACUUUCAACCUGUGCACUCAUUUCAGGUCACCAGCGAGGAGGACCACAAACUAAGCGCCAGCCAAUGGGCAGCGCCAUAUUACCUGCAAUGUUUUUCCGAUGAUUUGCAGGAAGACAUGCUCGAGUUCCGCAAGUCUCAGUCCAUGGAUAUCCUGCAGUAUGCGUUGGAGCACAACAACGAGUUCAUCCUCCCCUGUCUUAGCUGGACAAUGCUGGUGCUAGGACAGACUCAGCGGAUGGAGCAAUUAGCGAAUUUUCUCUCUGCAAGUUGUUCCAUCAUCAGCUCUCAGCCUGCCAUGCGCAAAAGCUACACAUACGAGGUUCCGUUCCGGUACGCUCUGGCUUGGGCCAACAACGAUCCUGAAGAGAUGGAAUUUUACGGCGAGUCGCUGGGACGGUCGCACGCACAGAUCGGGCAAAUUUGGGGCAGGGAGCAUCCAAAUUUCUUCGUUAGUGGCUACCUCUAUGCAUGGCAUGCAAUGCGGAAAGGUGAAUACCACGAGGCAUUAAAGCUCUUAACAAGCAGCCUCCCGGUGUGCGAGCGGAAAAUGGGACGUCACGAUCUCCUGACCAUUAAUUGUUUGGCGAUCGCUGCGAGGGCUUAUGCACAGGUAGGCCGCACUGAAGCGGCUGUACAAUGCUACCGCCGAGCAAUGAGCGCGACACAACUCUUGGAAGAAGACCAAACCCAUAUCGAGGCGCAUGGGCCUGUUCUCCAGCUAUUUCGUUCGACUCUGCUAUCUCGACAUGCAAUGCUGCUUCUCCGUCUACAAGACCCUCUAAACGCAGAGAAACAACUCCGGCAGGUUCUUGACCUCCGUGUACUGAUUCACGGUGUCCACAGCCUCAUUAUUUGGUGGGCUGCCUGGCCUCUUGUUUCUAUCUUGCGGGAAACGGGUCACGUCGCAGAUUCUGAAUCCCUCAUGGACGAGUUGGUCCGAUGGCAUAACUGGGAACAGGAAGCUGAAUGGUAUACUCAGAGAGGAGAGCGGCCACCACCCCGGCCGCUGUUUCAAUGGCUACGGUUCGGGCCCAACAGAACCCCAAAGGAGGAAGGUCGUUCUCCCGAGCUCAUCAAGGGUCUUUACCCUUCCCAGAUCUACAACACAGCUGCCAUGGGAAUAAUGCCUCCUGAGGAUAUGCGCCUAGCUGCUCACCACCCCUUUGUGAGCGGCGGUGCAGAUGUCUGUCUGACGGCAGCAGGGACACUUCCAGGAACUCCUUCAUGGGGCGCCCAUCCCUGGGGGUCUUACGACGCUGGACGUUGA